GAGGCGCAAGGCAUGACUGACAUGACUUGUGUUUUUCAAAAUGUUUAUAGAAUGAAGAACUCCCGGUGUGAUUAGUAUUGUCGUACAUAUUAGUCUUAGUCUGCUGUCCAGGUCCGAGGAGUACCCAAAGAUGCCCAAAGUUACACCUCUGGACAUCGGGGCGGUAUCAUUCGAUACCGGACCUCCAGGACAGCCCACGCUCCCGCUAACGAUCACGCCCAAAGGCGAAUGCAGCGCUGAGUUCCUGGCGAGCUGGGCGCACGAGAACGAAUCUUGGCUGAAACAGAAAACUACAGAACAUGGUGCUAUUCGGUUCCGUGGCUUUGCGGUGACAUCCGCUGUGGAGUUUGAGAAGGCCAUUCUUAACCUGGACGUAGAAAUGAGCAACAAAUACCGAGGCACGUCACCCCGAGUGCUGGAGCCGGGAACGACAUAUAUCUUCUCUGCGUCCGAAGUACCGCCGUUUCUUCCGAUUCCCCAGCACAUCGAGAUGAGCUUUCUACCGUCACCGCCGCAUUGGAUAUUUUUCUGUUGUUUGAAUGCGCCAACGUCGAAGGGUGGAGAAACGUCUCUUUGCGACUUUCGACGAGUCUAUGACGACUUAAAUCCCGAGUUCAAGCAACGUCUUUACGAGAAGAAGGUGAGGUACGUUCGCAACUAUCGUCAGAAGAGCCAAGCAAUGGACAUUGACCUUUCCAUGCUCAAAGGCUGGGAGGACCUCUUUGAGACUACAGACAAGGCAGCCGUUGAAGAUGAUGCAAGGCAAGAUGAUUUGACAGUUGAUUGGAAGGAGAAUGAUGAUCUACGGCUAACUAAUGUUUCGGAGCCGUACCAGGUACACCCAGAGACUGGAGACAAGGUGUGGUUCAACCACUUGCAGCUCUUUCACCAGAAGUUGCUAGCACGUGAGCUGAUGCACUCCGCCCGUCGUACAGGCAACCUACUCCGGUGGCUGUUUGCCUGGCUACUGCUGCUCCUCUCGCACAUCAUUCUGUUUGUGAGGGGUUCUGAAAAUCUUGGAAUGCAUACAAUGUAUGGAGAUGGCACGGAAGUAUCCCGUCAGGAUUGUGACCACCUGCAAGAAACUGUCUGGAAGCACACCAAGUACGAUCGCUGGCAGCUUGGCGACAUCCUGAUGAUCGACAACUUGGCCAUCUCUCACGGCCGACAGCCGUUCACAGGAAAGCGCAAGAUAGUGGUGGGAUGGGCUAAUCCGCUACCGAAAGAAAACAAACCCAUUGACGACUUCUCAUGAGUGGUCUCAGUAUGCUUAGUCAUGAUCCCUCAAUCCAAUCCAGCAAAACAAUUUGUUUGAAAUUCAUACAGUUCAAUGCCUAUGAAAAGUAUAUCUUGUGACAGCAGGUUUAUUAGUAAAAAGAGAAUGAUUUAUCAUGGCAUGCCUUUCAGUUCGGAUAAUUGUUUGUUUUAUUGCUGAGAUUUUCGAAAGCUGGUACAAUCCUUCAUGCUUUCUUUCUUGCUGUUAGAUUUUUACCAAUUCACAAUGAUGUCAGAGUACUAGUGGCAGUGAAAUCGUUGCCAAAGUUGAUGAAGACACGCUAGGCAUGACAUUUUUCCAUGAUAACAUCCUGUCGGCAUCACUUUUUAUUUUGUUAGCCGAAGGCUGCUGUUAGUAAACACUUUAGAAGUCCCUCACAAGCUAUUGUGAGGUAAAUAUUUCAUGCCCAUCCUUACGCUAUCAUUUUCGUGAAGUAGUUCAAGGACCCUA